CCUGAAGCUACUACAAGGGGACUGCAAGCAAAGAAUCAAAUGCACUUCUCGGCUAGAGGGAGGAGCCAAGUAGAUGAGGCGCCCGUUCAGUUUCCAAGGGCUCCUCCUUGCUCGCAUAUCUUGCAUCUCUGCUCUGAUUUGGGGUCGCAUUAGCAGUGCGAAGAAGCAGAUCAUCAGAGCACUUGCGGAAUUUCACUCAAGACUUCUGUUUUCUCAAGCUGAAUUUUCAAAAGAAAAUAAAGGAAAAUUGUCAAGCUUGCUAUCAAGGUGUACGCAGGUGGUGUGGCAAGCGAUCUUCAAGUGAUCGGCGGUGUGGCAAGUGAUCGGUUAGAUUAUUGGAAUCAAUUUGCUACUGCUUUUCUAGUCGUCGUCGGAGCUCUUCAUUACGCGUCCUCGUCUGCUGAGGAUCGAUUAAGUUCUCUGCUGCUUUUCUCUCUCUUGGUCUUGGAGUUGGACAGCGUGUGUAUUAACAUGAGUGGUCCUCGGAAAGAAACGAUCGGAAGCUACGAUGUUCAACAAGCCGGAGAAAAUAUUUGUGCAAGGAUUAAAUCCAAUAGUCACGAAAAGGUCAUAUAUAUUGGUGGUUGGGCUGAAUUUGGGGCAUCUACCGUUAUUCGAUACGCAGCAGCAUUGCUCCGAACCAGGAGAACCGUUCUGGAACCAUGCUUUGACAGGAUAAUUUUCUUAGAUUGCUCAAAGUGGAAAAAUAGAAGAGCAAUGCAGAGGGAAAUUAUAAGAGAAUUGAAACUUGACCACGCUAUAAUGACUAUUCUAGAUAAGCAAGACGAAGAGGAUGAUUUUAAGGGAAUUGAUGAAAGCUCAAGGAAUGAGAUGGACAGUGUUUCUCAAGUGAUUGAUCAAACCCUCGGUGCCACCAAAUUUGUUAUGUGUUUUCUCAAUGGAAGUGACAACGAGAUUGAUGUGAGCCUCUUUGGCAUUCCUCAGUUUGCAACAUAUAGAAACAACAUAAUGCUAUGGACCUUCACAAGAAGUUCCCUUACCACGCAUCAACACAAUAAAAAAGCUGGUGAGCUAAGAUAUACUCGUGUUCAUUGGGAUUUCUAUAGAAUAAUACCUCCUUUUGGAAGUUCACAUUUGUGUGGACUACUGCACCAGCAUGCAGCCACCAUUGUUGAUCAUGGUCUAGGUAUGCAAGACAUCAACCCGACAAUGGUCGCAGAAUGUUUCCUCUAUGGGUUAUUUCUGUGUUAUAAUUUUCACGUUGCCACAAAACUUGAUUGGCUUUCGCAUGCUUCGAACUAUUGGAUAUGCGAUGCAAUCAUAAAAGGUGACAGAGCUAGGGAUAUUAGUAACACAGUGCAUGGAGAGAUAAUUUGGGAGUGUGACGCUUCUUUGAUUGACUGGGUGCUUGAAAAUAAUAUGCAAUAUAUCAAGCCUCCUAUUCUGGUAGUUAAAGAUGAUGAUGUCUACAAGGAAGGGCCAUAUCGUUGGAUUUCAGUCACAACGAGAAAUAUGGAAAUAAGUGGCUUCAAGACUAUACCUGCAACAACAUCAUCUUUAUUUUUGGCAUUUGAAAGAUUCAAUCACUCAUCAAUUUUAUCAAAUGGCUUGUUUGAAAAUUCUAGCAACCUUGGUGUGUUAGUUCUCUGUUCUUGUGCCUUCAACUUUGCAUCACCUCCUUUCCUCAGGUGUCAAAGCCUCAGAUUCCUUGGAUUGGACCACUGCACAACUAGCAAAAUAGGUGAAGAAGAAAAUCAUAAUCAUACAGAAUGGGCAUGCUUGUAUAACCUUUUGGUGCUGGACCUCCGCUACACAGGCUGGGAUGAAAUCUUAUCUGAGGAAAAAAUAUGUCUCAUGAAAAAUAUUACAGAACUAAAUAUAGAAGGUGUGAGGUGUUGGCAGUACACAACUCAGCUAAAAGGACGGCUACCUAACCUUCAAAGGCUCCGAAUAAUCAGACCAACAUGUCCAUGUGUGACUUCAAAUGAUGUUGAUGACUCAUUUAUAGACAAGACAUGCAUGGAAAUACUUGAUUUGUCGGGGAACAGUGACAUGAAAAAUCUUCCAGCAAGCCUAUCCGGAGCGAGCAGCCUUCAGAUGCUCGUACUUGAUGGCUGUGAUGGACUGGAAAAUGUUGGUGUCCCUAGCCGGCUACCGGCUUCCCUCAGGUGCUUCAGCUUUGAUGGAUAUGGGCCUGCUUCCCAGCGUACACUAACCAUCGAGCUACCUCCGAAACACUUUCGCCCGUCUACUGCAGAAGAUGAGAAGGAUAUCAUGACCUCCAAGAUCUCCCUAGAAGGAUGCACAGAAUUGGAUAAUCUGUUUGUGCGUGGCCUAAACAACCUCGUGGAACUGGACCUCUCUGGAACAGCAAUCAAGAUACUUGACUUCAAGACCAUGGUGGUGCAAGUCCCAGGGCUCAAGCGGCUCUUUCUAAUAGGAUGCAAGCACCUUCGUGCAAUCAUUUCUUUGCCCGUGACCAGUGCAGAGUUGAUAUGCAUAGAUACACGGGAUGGAAUCAUGCGUCCUCGACCCUCCAUCGACACAAAAAAAUUCUUCCGCUUGAAGUUGCAUGUUGUUGUUGUGGAUGCUAGGAUUGCUUAUUCUUUCAAGCAAUUAUUAUUACCUCCUCAUUUAUUAAGGGUUCCAGCUGAGGAUAUUUAUUUUAAAAUCCAUAUCACUUCCUCGCCCCGCGUGUAUGAUGGGGUUGUUCAAUUUGAAGAAACCAACAACGAGAAGUUCGACCACUAUGAUCAAGGGAGCUUGCAACAGCUUAUUCCAGCAGGCAAGUACAUUGAUGUCCUUAGCAUGGUUGAAGAUCCUCCAAUGCAGGCUUUCCCGCAGCCUCCGGCUACAGAGCUGGACCGACAUAUGGAGAUUGCUGAAGGGAGCUGCUACGUGGAAAGCGGACUGGAAAGAGAACUUGGUCUGCUGAUGGAGAUUGUUGAAUCCUUGCAUUUGCACGAUGUCUCGAUACAUGCUACUAUUCGUAACGAUAUAUGCAGGUGGAGCUAUCUUAGGUGGUGCCGCGUGGAGAGGUGCCCCAAGUUGGAUACCAUCUUCCCUUCAAGGAGCUAUGGGUUUUCUACAUUGCAGACCUUGUGGGCAUCAGAUCUCCUAAUGGCCCACCAGAUUUGGAGUAAAGGUUCACCCUAUUCCUCCUUCGAAAAUUUACAGCACCUCCACCUGCAAUCAUGUCCGAGGCUCCAGUUCAUGAUCCCUGUGUGGGUUUACCCCUUCCCCUGCUUGGAGACGCUCCACAUCAUCCACUGCGGCGACCUUGUGCACGUCUUUGAGCUGGAUAGAGAAUACGUCAAGGAAAUAAUCACCGAUGGCCUAUUAUUCCCGAGGCUGAAGACCAUCCACCUGCAUGACCUCCCGAAGCUGCGACAGAUAUCCAAGGUAAAAACGGUGGCCCCUGCGCUCGAGAGCAUCAGGAUCAGGGGAUGUUGGGGCCUGCGCACGCUGCCAUCCGUGGGGGGCCGUGCCCUAGGUGAGAGGAAGCCAACCGUCGAGAUUGAGAAGGACGUGUGGGACGCUCUGGAGUGGGACGCCGGCGAUCGCCCGGACCACUUCGAGGUGCCCGUACACUCGCGCUACUACAAGAAGAAACUGCCCAGAGUCUCCUUCCUCAGGUGAACUUUACACCUCUGUGUUUCUUCCAUCGCUAUGUGCAAGUGAUGGACGCAUCUCCUGCUGCUGGGUGAUCAUGUGUUUGGUUUGCUUGUGUGCUUCCUUCGAUUGCUGGCCUCCAGGGAGACCGUUGGUCAUCCAUGGACCCAUCGCCUCUCCCUGCUCUUGUCUUUUAUUCUUGUCAAUGCCUUAUGUGCGAGCUUAUGGUGGCUCUCACCCUAUAUUUGUGUUGUGGCUUCCCAAUAAGAAGGUGGAGGACAGGUCUGUGCCUGCGUACACAGACCUGGCCCUAGUGUGUGCCUUGCGUCGUCCACCAGACUGCAUUUGUGUGUGGCUUUCAUGAGUGCUUUGCUAUGUUUUUGGAUUUGUAACAGCUGCCUACAUGUACGUGCCUGCCUGCAUCAUCAAGGCUGGCUGCGUGUGAGUGUGAUUUGGUUGAGUGCUCGCUAUGAAUCUGAACCAAGAAACAGAGCAAUGAUGGUUGUGGUGUGUGCUUUGCCUGUUAUGCGGGAGCAGCUACGUGUGCCGGUUGUUUCAACUACCUGCCUCUGUGUGAAUCAUUGACCUAUUUGUCAAAUUUUCUUCACCACAAGCAUCAGUUG